UAAGAAAGCUGACAAUAUGUGAAAGUUGAAUUGACAGCAGGGCACAGAAGGCACUGAGAAGGAUGGCUCCGACUUUCAAAGCAGCCCUAUUUUUCACCAUCAUUAGCUUGAGCUUUGCAGCACCAAAUGCAAAACAAGUCCGGUGGUGUGCGAUAUCAGAUCUUGAGCAGAAGAAGUGCAAUGAUCUAGUGGGAUCCUGCAAUGUCCAGGACAUUACCCUUGUGUGUGUGCUUAGAACCUCCACUGAGGACUGUUUGACAGCUAUAAAGGAUGGACAAGCAGAUGCCAUGUUCUUAGAUAGUGGAGAUGUUUAUGAAGCUUCAAAGGAUCCUUAUAAUCUGAAGCCAAUUAUUGCAGAACCGUACAGCUCCCAUAAAGACCUACAAAAAUGCUUGAAGGAGCGUGAACAAGCUCUGGCAAAGAAGAUGAUUGGUCAUCAUAUUCCACAGUGUGAUGAAAAGGGCAAUUACCAACCACAGCAGUGCCAUGGAAGCACUGGGCAAUGCUGGUGUGUUAAUGGAAUGGGUGAAAAGAUUUCUGGAACAAAUACCCCACCCGGACAAACACGAGCUACGUGUGAAAGGCAUGAAUUGCCAAAAUGCCUGAAGGAACGUCAGGUAGCUCUCGGAGGAGACGAGAUAGUGUUAGGUCGUUUUGUUCCCCAGUGUGAUGAAAAGGGCAAUUAUGAACCACAGCAGUUCCAUGGCAGCACCGGGUACAGCUGGUGUGUUAAUGAAAUCGGUGAAGAGAUUGCUGGCACAAAAACUCCACCUGGAAAAAUACCAGUUACAUGUGAAAAACACGAUUUGGUUACUACGUGCCAUUAUGCGGUUGCUAUGGUGAAAAAGUCCAGCACAUUCCAGUUUAAUCAGCUGAAGGGAAAGAGGUCCUGUCACUCAGGUGUAUCAAAGACAGAUGGCUGGAAAGCUCUUGUGACUGUUCUUGUUGAAAAGAAGUUGUUGUCCUGGGAUGGACCUGCCAAAGAAUCCAUUCAACAAGCCAUGUCAAAGUUCUUCUCAGUCAGCUGCAUCCCUGGAGCAACCCAAACCAACCUUUGCAAGCAAUGUAAGGGAGAGGAAGGGAAGAAUUGUAAGAACAGCCAUGAUGAGCCAUACUAUGGCAACCAUGGAGCAUCUAGAUGUUUGAAAGAAGAUAAGGGAGAUGUAGCUUUUCUGAGAAGCACAGCUUUGUCAGAUGAAGAUUCAGAGGCGUAUGAGCUUCUGUGUCCAGACAACACUAGGAAGCCCCUUAACAAGUACAAGGAGUGUAACUUAGGAACAGUUCCAGUAGGUGCAGUGGUGACCAGAAAAAUAGGUGACAAGACUGUGGACAUCAAUAACUUUCUCAUGGAGGCUCAGAAAAAGCAAUGCAAAUUGUUCAGUUCUGCACAUGGGAAAGAUUUGAUGUUUGAUGAUUCUACCUUACAAUUAGCUCUUCUCUCAUCUGGGGUGGAUGCUUUCCUCUAUCUCGGAGUAAAAUUGUUCAAUACCAUGAAAGCACUGACUGAAGAUGCACAUCUUUCAUCCAAAAACAAAGUGAGGUGGUGUACAAUAAAUAAACUGGAAAAGAUGAAGUGUGAUGAUUGGUCAGCUGUAAGCGGUGGGGCCAUUGAAUGCACAGAGGCAUCCUGUCCAAAGUGUUGCAUUAAACAGAUUCUGAAAGGUGAAGCUGAUGCAGUGAAACUUGAGGUACAAUACAUGUAUGAGGCUUUGACGUGCGGACUGCUGCCAGCAGUAGAAGAAUACCAUAAUAAAGAUGAUUUUGGUCCCUGUAAAACCCCUGGAUCCCCAUAUACAGAUUUCGGGUCACCGCGUGCUGUAGCCUUGGUAAAAAAAAGCAACAAAGACAUCAACUGGAACAACAUUAAGGGCAAGAAGGCCUGCCUUACCGGUGUUGGUGAUAUUGCUGGCUGGGUUAUCCCUGUUAGUCUAAUUAGAAGGCAGAAUGACAAUUGUGACAUUGAUUCCUUCUUCGGUGAGAGCUGUGCUCCUGGAUCAGAUACUAAAUCCAACCUCUGUAAACUGUGCAUUGGUGACCCCAAGAAUUCUGUGGCCAAUACAAAAUGUUCACUCGGUGACAAUGAGGCCUAUCAUGGAAACAAAGGUGCCUUUAGAUGUCUGGUGGAAAAAGGAGAUGUGGCAUUUGUGCCUCACACUGUUGUAUUUGAAAACACAGAUGGUAAAAAUCCAGCAGAGUGGGCAAAAAAAUUGAAAUCAGAAGAUUUUGAACUAUUAUGUUUGGAUGGCUCACGUUCCCCUGUCAGUAAUUACAAGAGCUGCAAACUUUCAGGCAUCCCACCUCCUGCCAUUGUCACCCGGGAGCAGAGCGUCACUGAUGUUGUAAGAAUUGUUACUAAUCAACAGUCACUGUAUGGACGGAAGGGAUUUGAAAAAGAUAUAUUCCAGUUGUUUUCUUCAAAUAAAGGCAAGAACCUUCUCUUCAAUGACAACACUCAGUGCCUAAUUGAAUUUGAUAGACAACCAAAAGACAUUAUGGAGGAUUACUUUGGGAAAUCCUACUACACUACAGUGUAUGGUGCGAGCAGAUCUGCAAUGUCAUCAGAACUGAUAUCUGCCUGCACAGUUAAACACUGUUAAGAAGAUCUAGCAAACAUUUGUGCUAUAACUUUCUGCCAGGUUGCUACAUUGACUUUCAUUUUAAACCAUAUAUCACUUCUGUUUUCUUUUUAAAUAAAUAUUUAGCCUACCAUGCAAA